AUGCGCGUCGCCACCACUUUCGCCCUGGCCCUCUCGGCCGCCGCCACUCUUGUCUCUGCCCAACGCAAGGUCUACAGCGCCUCUGACCUCAACGACAUCAACAACAUCUCUGACAACGAGCGUGCUUCCUGGUGCAGUGGCCAGCGCAACGUCUGUGACGAGCUUUGCAACCCUGCUCCUACCAACAACUGCGACUACCAAACACUUCAGUACGAGUGCCUUUGCAGCAACGGUACUGCACCCGGCCUCCAGUACUACAGCGACAGUCUGCCCACCUACAUUUGCAACCGCGUUUUCUCCGAGUGCAACGCUGCCGCCGUUGGCAACGCCAACGCGCAGAAGACCUGUCUCGAGCAGCGUGACUCUGUCUGCGGCGCCGACGUCCUCCAGAACGCCUUUGCUAACGCCGGCAAGAGCGCGUCGACGACCGCUACCACAUCGGCCUCGCCCUCUACCACCGCUGCCUCGGAGACUAGCUCUGGCGCCACCGACGCUGCUACCACGGCUGGCAGCGCCGACGGUGCCUCAGAGACGACCACCACUGGUGACAGCUUCGCCGCUCCUACGGCUGCGCCCAUGUUUGGUGCCGCUGCCAUCGCUGUCGCCGCGUUGGCUUACGUGGUCUAA